UAAAUUUAAAGGCGCCUUCACAGUCUUUGAUGUUGGCUGAUGCAAAAUCACCAGUGCAUAUGAGUACAUCUCCAGUUUUUCAGACGAUCCUGUUUGGCUUACCAUGAAAAAAGACAACCAAUCCUGUUUGACCGAGAUUGUCCUUCUAGGCUUCUCCGAUUUCCAGUCCAUGCGAGAACUUCUCUUUUGCCUGGUUCUAAUGUUCUACUUCAUGGCUCUGACAGGCAACAGUCUGUUUUUGAUCCUCACCAUUCUCAAUCCAACCCUUCACACCCCAAUGUACUUCUUCCUCUGGAACUUGUCCUUUUUGGAAAUUGGCUACACCUCCACCAUCAGCCCAAAGAUGCUAGUGGACAUAUUAUCAGAAAAUCGGACUAUAUCCUUUUGGGGCUGUGGCUGUCAAAUGUGUUUUUUCAUUCUCUUUGGUCUCAGUGAGUGUUGCCUUCUUUGUGUCAUGUCGUAUGACCGCUAUGUUGCUAUUUGCAAACCCUUGCAAUACCCAUAUAUUAUGAAAUACAGGAAAUGUGCUAAGCUUGCUGCUGUGUCAUGGGCUAUUGGUAUUUUUGUGAGUUUGGGACAAUCUAUUUCCAUCUUCACCCUACCCUUCUGUGGAUCAGAUAGAAUCAACCAUUUCUUCUGUGAUAUUAAACAUGUUCUGAGAUUGUCUUCCACCAAUACCUACAAAGAUGAACUGGCCAUUGCCAUACUAGCUGCUCUAAUUAUCUUGACACCCCUUUUGCUCAUCCUCUUUUCCUACAUCCUCAUCCUCUCCACUAUUCUUAACAUGCCCGGGGCCAAAAACAGGCACAAAGCAUUUUCCACUUGUUCCUCGCAUCUCACUGUGGUCUGCAUUUUCUAUGGAACUGGCAUUUUUACCUACAUUCAUCCCCAUUCAGAAUAUUCUAUGGACAGUAACAGAUUCCUUGCCCUGCUCUACACAGUGGUGACCCCAAGCCUGAAUCCCAUCAUUUACAGCUUGAGGAAUAAAGAGAUAAAAGCUGCUUUCAAGAAAUCUGUAGCAAGGAAACAGGUCUCCUUUAUAGAAUAAUCCGAAUAUAUCCCCAGAAAUAAUUUCUUCAUUACAGUGUGGUUGUCAUGCACAUAUGUAUGAGAUACAUUGGAUUCUAUGGGAUAUUAGUAGCAGAUUUCACCGUUUACAGCAAAAUCACUUAGAGAUUGAUAAUUUUUUUCAAAACAAGGGAGAACCCUGAAAAGUAACCUCAAUUUAUUAUUGUGGUGGAGUUCAAAUAAAAGGUUGAUGGCUCAUCUGCUCAGAAAAUCUGCAAAAGGGGACUGCAAAAGGAAGGCCAUAAAAAAUGUUUCUAAGGAAUCAUUAGCAAGGAGAUGGAUCUUCUUUAUCUAAUAAUCCAAGAAUGUAGUUGUUUUCAUCCCUUUAUCAGAUGGCGGUUCUCAUGCACAUAUUAAGGGUAAAAAUGAACUCCAGCAGGUACUCCUAGUAAAUGUUUCUCUUCCCUUCUGUAUGACCCAAAGUUGGUAAUAAUUUAUUUCAAGAAGGUAAGAGCCCUGACAGGAAACCUAACUUUUUUUGUCUGGUAAAACAAGUAAAUGAUUGAAAAGCCAUUUCCUUACAAGGAAGAAAACCAGACAGCUGAAGGAAUGUGGGAAGAAAGAAGAAAGAGGCAAUGUGUGGAGAAAGAAGGACCAGGUGAGAAGCAGGGUGGAUGAUACAGGUUAGGAGAAAAAAAGGCUAAGCUGGAAGGUGGGGUUAAAUAUGUAAUCAGUUUAGAAUCAUUGUCACAAAAGACCUGACUCUAGCCCCCCAUGAAUUAUGUUGACCUUUAUCUAACACCAAUUUAGCUUUGCCCAUUAGUUUACUAGAUUCUGGUAUUAGAUAUAGAUAUAGAUAUAUAGAUAUAGAUAUAAACUCUUCUAUCCUUUGAGCUCAACAAAUGUCCUGGUUAUUUGCAUCUGAAAACAGGUUCAUUGAAAGAACAAUGCAUGGGUAUCAACCACAUCUGCUGUUGAGGAAUAGAAGGGGUAUGAUUUCAUUGAGUUAUGUUUGAACCACAGGCCAUGAUACAAGUACAUUGAAAUAUUGAUUGAUUUACUGACAGCUCUGGAUUAAAAGAUAUGCAUAAAGAGGAAUGGGUUAAAGUCCCUCCUGAUAGACUAACUCAGAUUAGAAUCAAAAGGUGAUUGGCUAUAGUUGGGGGUUUUGAAAAAGCAAGGAGGCAAUAUUCUAUAAACACAAUUUCUGGAUAGGGAGAGGGAAAGAUAGGGAGUUACUAUUGUUUGCUUUCCCAGAACUCUGCUCACCUCAUGGUAUCUUCUCCAAGCAUAGCAUCAUUGCUUGCCCUUUUCAAAGUUGUAUGACUGAACUGAUAGUUUUACUUACUCUUGAAAAAUGUUUUUGCAGAAGGGAUAAUUGUCUAAUAUGAAUUUACAUUGCUGUGCCAGAGCUUUGUUUUUGCUGGGAAAGUAAUAUUUGGGUUAGGAGCUUCUAAACUGAACUUCAGAAAUACUAGCAUGUGUAACUUAUUACUUUAAUGCAAAAGGAAAUAAAGAAGUAUCAGGAAGUAUAAUUUAUUCAAGUAUGUAUACAACUGAGCACUGAAUUCAGAGAUGGUACCACCUAAAUUGUUGUUGUUGUUGUUAAUUGCGAAGUCGUGUCUGACCCAUCGCGACCUCAUGGACAACGUUCCUCCAGGUCUUCCUGUCCUCUACCAUCUUCUGGAGUCCAUUUAAGUUCACGCCUA